AUGUAUUAUUCAGCAAUAUGUAUAUCUGUUGCCAUAGCAAUUGUUUUACUACCAUUUUUGAUUCCUAUCCGACUAAAAAACCCCGUAUGUCGCAAAAUUAAAGCUUCACUAAUAGUUGGCUUGAUUAUUUCAAUAUUAGCAGCAGUAGCCCCAGAAACAGCCCAAAUAGGAGCUCCAUUUCAUAAGUAUGGAAGGUCAAAAAUUGCAUUUUUUGGAUGCAACUACCAAAUAAUGUUAACUACCGCUCGAUUUUGCCCAUCAAACGCCACCUUUGAAUGGUGUUAUUGCAACAAUUUUCCAGCAUUUGCUACUCUUGCUCAUUGCUAUCAAGUGGGUCAUCCUAAAGAAAUAGAAUCCUUGAUUUCCAUGUGCAAGCCAUUCAACAAAACCAUAACAAUGUCCACUGUUAACCAUGCCGAGGAGUAUUACAAGAACCAUGCAAAACCUGUAGAUGAAUUUCACAAACUUCCUAAUUAUAGCCAAAUUGAUUUUCCUGUGCAGUUGAAUGAGUCCGAGGUAUUCAUUUUUAAACAAUCAUAUGAACAAUUCUUGGGGAAUUACGACGAGUCUGUGGAUUACGGGUGGUACCUAGUAUUAUACUGGGUAGUUGUGCUAGCAGUAGUAAGCGUAGGUAACUGGAGUAAAAUAAUUUUUCCUAAUUUCACCAAAAGUUUGACAGAUCCAGUUAGUAAUUGGUACAGAAAACACAUCAGCACUCCUGCCACAGGUUCUAGAAACAAAACUAAAGAGCUUCACAUAGCAAGAGGCUUUGAUAUGUUAGCGCCUUCAAGGUUUGAAACAAUAAUAUUAACAGGUAUGACAGUAUUAUGUCUAAAAUUUUUCAUUGGGGAUUUUCAAUACGCUGAGAAUAAUCCACUUUUUCAUUCUAAAACCAAUGCUUUAUUGAGGUUUUAUGGUGUCAGAUCAGGUUUGCUUGCAAGUGCUCUAAUGCCUUUAUUGAUUCUAUUUGCAGGAAGAAACAAUUUUCUUCAAUGGAUGACUCGAUGGGAUUAUUCAACCUUUGUUAUGUUUCAUAGAUGGAUAUCAAGAAUCAUUGUGGCACUAUCCUUAGUGCACACGGUGUGUUACACAUUAUAUUUGAAACAGCACUCAAAAAAGCCUGAGGCGUAUAUUUAUUGGGGGUUUACUGCAAUGGUGGCAGGUCUUAUUAUUUUGGUUCAAGGUUUGCUAGUAUUGAGAAGAAGAUGGUAUGAAUUGUUUCUAAUAUUGCAUAUUAUUUUGGCUGUAGUUUUCAUUGGCGGGGCUUGGAUGCACGUCGAGGCAUUAUAUUGUGUCUGGUUUUAUUACACCUCAGCUGCAAUUUGGGCAUUUGAUAGAAUAAUCAGGAUUUGUCGACUUAUUUCCUUUGGGUUUCCAAAAGCACAAGUUUAUUUGCUACCAGAUGAGACACUUAAAGUGAUUGUACCAAAGCCAGACAAUUGGGAAGCUGUUCCUGGUGGUCAUGCAUUUAUCCACUUCUUGAAAUUUGAUUGCUUUUGGCAAAGCCAUCCAUUUACAUACACCACAUCAGAAAAGGAUAUCGCAUUAUUCAUAAAGGUAAAGAAGGGAGUCACAUUAUCAUUAUUUCGGUAUUUGAAAUCCAAAGAAAACUGCUUUGCUAGUAUUCGAGUAGCAAUUGAAGGAUCUUACGGCGAGUCGACCCCUGCAAAGAAUGCAGAUAUGGCAGUUUUCAUUGCUGGUGGAAAUGGAAUACCUGGGAUAUUUGCUGAGGCACUUGAUAUAAAUAGACACCAAGAGCUGAAACAUAAAGUGAAGUUGAUUUGGGUGGUCAGAGAAUAUAACUCAUUGCUUUGGUUUUAUGAAGAGUUGAUGUCACUAAAAAAUACCGAAAUCAAAACAACUAUAUAUAUUACCCGACCUGGUAUAUUGGUAGAUGAAGAUGAUUUUAAAAAAAGAAUGCAAGGAAUAAGCCAAGGUAUGGAAAAUGAACUACAACCCUUAUUGCAGAAAUCGGUACCGGCUUCCUAUAAUUCAGAACCAGUGAAUUCAACCGACGGAAUACUCAACAAAAUAAAGGAAGAGCUAUUUCACAUAAAAAUGAUUGAAGGAAGACCAAAUAUCGAAAAAGUAAUUGAAACAUGCAUUGAGGAAAGUUCAGGAUCAGCAUGCUUUGUUACGUGUGGACAUCCCGCAAUGGUAGACGAUAUAAGAGUCGCAGUAGCUAAUAAUAUUGAUAACAAAGAAGGGAAAAGAGUAGAUUAUUAUGAACAGUUACAGGUUUGGGCAUAG